CAGGGCAUACUUCUCAUUCUUUUGGAGAAAGUAGUAGCUUGUGUAACAAUGGCACUGGAGCUGUAUCUUGACCUGCACUCUCAGCCUUGUCGUUCUGUCUACAUCUUUGCCAAGCUAGCGAACAUUCCUUUUGAAUUCAAAGCCGUGGACCUCUCUUCAGGUGAAAACUAUGGUGAAGGCUUUGGAAAGGUCAGCAUUUUAAGAAAAGUGCCCGUCCUUAAAGAUGAAGCUUUUAUCCUCACAGAAAGCACGGCGAUCCUGCAGUACCUGGCAAAGAAGUAUUCCACUCCAGACCACUGGUAUCCCGCUGACAUGCAGAAGCGCGCUCGGGUUGAUGAGUAUCUUUCUUGGCAACAUACCAACAUAAGGCCCCACGGCUCAAAGGUCUUUUGGUUCAGGGGUGUCUUGCCAGUGGUCACUGGAGCUCCAGUUCCAAAAGAGAAGAUGGAUUCUGCAAUGGAAGACCUGAAUACAUCCCUUAAGCUGUUUGAGGAGAAGUUCCUACAGGAUAAGCCUUUCAUAAUUGGAGACCAGAUCUCUCUGGCUGAUCUGGUAGCCAUAGUGGAGGUCAUGCAGCCGUUCGGAACAGGCUUGGAUGUGUUUGAGGGCAGGCCGACUCUAAAAGCGUGGAUGGACAGAGUAAAGAAGGAGAUUGGAGUGGAACUGUUCGACGAGGCCCAUAACAUUAUCAUGAAUGUGGCCUUACUUCCACAGACCUUUGAGAACAAAGGUUUACCAGAUGCUCUUAAGAUGCGGAUCAUGAAAAUGUUCAACUGAUGUUCCAUCUGCCAUCUUUCUGAAUUGUCUACAGAACUCUUUUGGAAAAGAAACGUCCAUGCCCCCUUAUGCUUUCUGGUGCAAAUUCACUGGCACUAUUUCUUAAAGCCAUAUUUCAUCAGUCUGACCCCUCUCUGCUCAUCAGUGAAGUUUCUGUUAUGGAAAGAAGGAAGCAGUAUGCAUACAAUUUGCAGAUUCGUAUCUGCCUCACAGUAAGAAUAAACUACAGACUUUUAACACAUAGGCUUGUCUUAAGAACAUUAUACAUCCAUACAUUUCACCACAUAAGCUUAAUUAGUAAACUAUGAGCUCUGUAUCUAAAUCUGUAUUGGAAAUAAAUAUCAUGCAAAACUGUUAUGCUUUGGAUAAAA